AGGAAAGAGGGAAGCUGAUUUGUGAGCUCUGUGGCCAUGGAGCGGGAAGGAGGGAGCUGAUUGGUGAUGCCGCGGCGGUGGGCGGGCAGAGCAGCUGUGCGCCCGUCUGUGUGUGCCGUCGCGGAGGCGAUGGGCGCCGGGAUGGACUCUGCGGAGGCUCGGUGCGAGGAAUCGGAGGGGAGGGUCUACCUGGACUACAACGCCACCACCCCCCCGGCCCCCGAGGUGGUUCAAGCCGUGCGGGACGCCAUGAGCCAGGCUUGGGGCAACCCCAGCAGCUCCUACCCCGCAGGGAGGAAGGCGAAGGAGCAUAUUGGCAGUGCCCGGGAGAGCGUGGCGAGGAUGGUGGGAGGCCGGCCAGAGGACAUCGUCUUCACCUCGGGGGGCACGGAGGCAAACAACAUGGUGAUCCACACUGCCUGCAGGCAUUUCCACGACAGCCAGGCCACGCCAGGGGACAGCUGGGGGACACCACAUGUUGUCACAUCGAGCGUGGAGCAUGACUCGGUCCGAUUGCCACUGGAGCAGCUGGUGAAGGAGGGCUUGGCGGAAGCCACUUUUGUGCCUGUAUCCCAAAGAAGUGGGCGGGCUGAGAUGGAUGAUGUCCUUGCUGCCAUCCGGCCGACCACCUGCCUGGUUUCCAUCAUGUUGGCUAAUAACGAGACUGGGGUCAUCAUGCCUGUCAUGGAACUGAGCCAGCGUGUCCAUGCUCUCAAUCAGCGGAGAGUGGUGGAGGGGCUGCCCAGGAUCCUGGUGCACACAGAUGCAGCACAGAUGAUUGGCAAGGGGCGCGUGGAUGUGCAGGAGCUGGGGGUGGACUACCUCACCAUCGUGGGACACAAGUUCUAUGGUCCGCGGAUCGGCGCGCUGUAUGUGCGCGGCCCUGGCACCACCACCCCGCUGCACCCCAUGCUCUUCGGAGGGGGACAGGAGAGGAGUUUCCGGCCAGGCACUGAGAACACCCCGAUGAUUGCUGGCCUCGGCAAGGCUGCAGAGUUGGUGAGCAAGAACUGGGAGACCUAUGAGGCUCAUAUGCGGGAUGUUCGGGAUUACCUGGAGGCCAAGCUGGAGGCCUCCUUUGGGAAGCAGAGGAUCCACCUCAACAGCCACUUUACAGGCUCCAAGAGACUUUGCAACACCUCUAACUUCUCCAUCCUGGGCCCAGGCCUUCAAGGGCGAAGGGUGCUGUCCUGCUGUAAGAUGCUUCUCGCCAGCGUUGGGGCUGCCUGCCACUCUGAGAAAGGGGAUAGGCCCUCCUUGAUUCUGCUCAGCUGCGGGAUCCCCUAUGAUGUGGCACAGAAUGCCUUGCGGCUGAGUGUGGGACGGGACACCACCCGGGCUGACGUGGACCUAGUUGUGCAGGACCUCAUACAGGCUGUGGCGCAGCUGGACCAGGACCAAGCCCCAUAGAGCAUGGGAACUGCUUGCUCCCUGGCCAUCAGGCAGGUUCCUGAGAUGCAGUUGUGUCUGACUGAUUCCUGGCUGCCUGUAGCAAUUUGGGCUCAGGGUUUGGCAGGAUUAGUUUUGUACCUGGUCUCUAAGUUGAACUGACGCAGCCUGCAGCUUGUGACUCUGGAUCAGACACAGGGGAGGGGGCAGGAGGAGGAAGUGGGAUUACCCAUAUUGGCAGCCAUGUGCUCUUAGGGCUGCUUAGCUUGCACUCACAGCGGUCACAUCAGGGCUGGCACAGCUCUGCAGCAUGUGCAGCUUGAGCAGAGAGUGGAGGCAGCAGGGAGCUGUGCUGGGGCAGCUCAGCAAGAGCUGGUCAGGACUGUCCCACUCUUCAUGGUGCAGGCAUCUGGGGAGUUUCACUAUCAAAUGCUUCUCACUUGCCAGUUCAUACCCAGCUGCCUGCAUGCGUGUGUGCAUGUUGGCAUUAUGGAGUCCCAAAGCUCAACUGCAUCCAAGCCAUUACAAGUGCGGAAGCCAUAGGAGAUGGAGCCUUUUGCCCUGGAUGCUUUCCACAAAGGAAGCUUUCCUGCUGUCUUACCACUCAGAGGAGGAAAGGCCAUCUGCCUCAGAGGGAAAUGAGUUUAUAGAACAGCAAGAUUCCAGGCUGGGAACUGCCAGGGCCCUCAGCUACUGAGGGGGUUUUUGGCUGGGAAAGCAUUUGGCGUGGCUUUCCCGGCACUGCAUUGCGUUACCUGUUCCCCUCCCUCCUGUCCUUCCUACAGUAGGCAGAACUCCUGUCACCAGUUCUAUGUGAUCCUGAAGGAGACAUGUUGGGGCAGCUGUAACUGUGCCAGCACCACCUCUGAGGAAGUGUGUGACCCAGGAGAUUGCUCUCAUCAAUCACUGACAGAGGACAUAAGUGUCCUCCACAUUGCACAGAUUAGGAGCGUUGCGGAUGGGCUGAUGCUGGGGAAUCUGGUCCCCCUGAAUAUUCACAGGAAUAAAAGUGUUUGCUGUUGCUGUGG